AUGGCUUCAGACGCAGAGAAGCAGGUCAAGACCCGCGGGUCGACCGAGCUCGGCAGCCUCGACCACGUCGACUCGUCCAACUCCAACAUCGGCCACCUCCACCGCCGCCUGAACAACAGGCAGAUCCAGCUCGUCGCCGCCGGCGGCUCCAUCGGCACCGCACUCUUCAUCAGCAUCGGAGGCGGCCUCGCCAAGGGCGGCCCCGGCAGCCUGGUCAUCGCCUUCACCCUCUACACCAUGAUCCUCGCCCUCGUCAACAACUCCGUCGCCGAGAUGAACACGUACAUGCCCGUCGAGGGCGGCUUCGUCCGCCUCGCGGGCUACUGGGUCGACGACGCCCUCGGCUUCCUGGCCGGCUGGAACUUUUUCAUCUAUGAAGCCAUCCUGAUCCCGUUCGAGAUCACCGCGCUGAAUAUCGUGAUAUCCUUCUGGAGCGAGAACAUAACGGACCCCGGCCCCACCGCCGGCAUCUGCGCCGCCGUCAUCAUUCUCUACGGACUGAUCAACAUCCUGGCCGUAAAAGGCUACGGCGAGGCCGAAUUCUGGCUGUCCGGCGGGAAACUCAUCCUCAUCUUCAUGCUCUUCGCCUUCACCUUCGUGACGAUGGUCGGCGGCAACCCGAAGCACGACGCCUACGGCUUCCGCCACUUCCAGAACCCGGGCGCCUUCGCCACCUACCUCUCCACCGGCGACCUCGGCCGCUUCGAGGGCUUCCUCGCCGCCCUCUUCAACGCCGCCUUCACCGUCGUCGGCCCCGAGUACAUCUCCAUGGUCUCCGCCGAGGCCCAGCGGCCCAGCGUCUACAUCAAGUCCGCCUUCAUCACCGUCUACUACCGCUUCUGCAUCUUUUUCGUGAUCGGCGCCCUCGCCGUCGGCAUCGUCGUCCCCUACAACCACCCGACCCUCGUCAACCUGUACUUCGGCGACGGCGGCGGCGGCACCGCGGGAGCCUCCCCCUACGUGAUCGCCAUGGAGAACCUCGGCAUCGGCGGCCUCCCGCACCUCGUCAACGCCCUCAUCCUCACCUCCAUCUUCAGCGCCGGAAACACCUACACCUACUGCGCCACCCGCACCCUGCACUCCCUCGCCCUCGAGGGCCGCGCCCCGCGCGUCCUGCGCAAGGUCAACAAGCGCGGCAUCCCCAUCUACUGCUUCUGCGUCGUGAUGAUCUUCCCCUUCCUCUCCUUCCUGCAGGUCUCCUCCAGCUCCGCCGUCGUCAUCACCUGGCUCGUCGCCAUCAUCACGGGAGGCGGCCUCAUCUCCUUCUGCAUCAUGUCCCUCACCUUCAUCAACUACUACAAGGCCUGCGUCGCGCAGGGCGUCGACCGCAAGACCCGCCCCUACUACGGCUACUUCCAGCCCUACGGCGCCUACAUCGCCCUCACCUUCCAGACCGUCAUCCUCAUCGUCUACGGCUACGCCGCCUUUCGCCCGUGGAGCGUCGAGGCCUUCUUCCAGAGCUACAGCAUGCAGAUCCUGGGCAUCUUCCUCUUCUUCGGGUGGAAGUUCUACAAGAAGACAAAGUACAUCAAGCCCGCCGACGUCGACCUCGUCUGGGAGCGGCCCCUGAUCGACGCGUAUGAGGAUUCGAUAACGGAGCCGCCGGUGGGAUUCUGGACGGAGAUGGGCCAGUUGAUUGGAAUCCGGAGGAACAAAGUAAACAAGGUACGUCCCCUCUCACCACUGGAAUGUGGAUGCAAAAGCUAA